UUGCUCAAAGAAUACUAUAGUCUAUACAUGCAAUGUAUUAAAAUUUGGAAUAUUUAAUGUCAGAGAAAGUUAUGUGGCUACAUAAAGAUUAACCUCUGUACGGCAGUGCUCUCUUUUCAAGAUAAUAAUUUGAGAGUAAACAAAAAGAAAAAAGUGUCAUCUUCAUAAAUAAAUGAAACUUUGGUUUAUUCUUUUCUAUAACACAAAUUAAUGAACAAAAUAUAGCUAAUUGAAUGAUAUAUACACCACAGAUGAAGUUCAUCGGUGUCAUAAGCCAGUAGCGAAGUUAAAAAUUUCAAUGAGGGUGUUCAAGAAUACUUCCAUACGUAACAUUUGGCCUAUAUGCAUAGUAUGAGUGUUCAACUAACUAUCCUUCGAUAUACACGUAGCUGCAUCCCUGACUAUUUCUGAUUUCUUGAUCAUUCAAAGUUUAACAGAAACAUGAUUCAAAUAUCCAUUACUUAAUUAGUUAUCUAAUAUAAGAUGGACAAGUGGGAAAUGGGCAUAGCACUGUGUUCAAGAAGCUUAUCCCAAUUCAUCUUUCCUAUCUUAUCUACUCAAUUCACCAUUGUGGGGUCUAAAUAUUCAAGACUUGAACAGAUUAUUUAUCUGGCAUCAAUCCCCACCCUGGGACACAACAAAGGAAGAGAGAGUGAUAACACAGAUUUUUGUGGCACAAUCUGAACAUGUAUAUUGACUUUAAAUCAUGCAAUGUAUGUUCGUACAUGAUCGUAUCAGGAUGCAUUAUCAUUAAAGAAAGAAACAGCUAUGCACACGCGUUAGUCACACUUAUAGUUAGCCAGUUGCCAGCAUUUAAUGUUAAAACUUCCCAAACUAUUAUAUAUAUAUAUAUAUAUAUACCUGUCUCAGUCUCACAGACAACACCACUGUUCUUUCUCUUCUCACUUGAGUUUUUAUCAUAGUGGUCCAAUUCCUGCAUAUGAAAAUGAUGGACAGUAAGUUUCUCAAGGCAUGCCAAAAUAAAUGGCAAAAGAUGGGUGGCAAGGUUAUACCUUCAUCAGCGUGCUGCGACAAAUGGACUAUGUGGCCUUUUGAAAAAGAAGAGAAGUCCAUCCCAAGGGAUGUUCCGAAAGGCCAUGUGGUAGUUUACGUAGGGAAGUACCAAAAGAGAUUUGUAAUCAAAAUUACCUUGCUAAAGCAUCCGCUCUUCAAGGCAUUGCUGGAUCAAGCUCAAGAAGUUUAUGAAUUCACUGCUGAUUCGAAAUUAUGGAUUCCCUGUGAUGAGAACAUCUUCAAUAGUGUCAUUAGAUGUGCUACAUUACCAGAAAAUCGACGUAUCUCAAUCUGCUUCUGAAGGUCCAAAAUCACAAAGCAUGUUUAGAAUGUUGACAUCUAUAUAUUCAUAACCUGUUGUAUACUACUGAAUAUAAAUUCAUUACCAUUACCUAUGAAGUUGAGCAUUACUUCUUUAUGCAAGAAAUCACAAUUCAUUUUAUUUUAUCAUUUAAAUAGAUUCCAACAACUACAAGUAUUCAAUAACAAUCUGCAGAGCAAGAAGCUAAAAUUGAAGGCACAAAGCCUUUAACAUCUCAAAUCAGUCGAGCACUGACAACCAACACUCUGGCACUGAAAUAAACUGCACUGAAGUUACUAGACCAAAAUGUACGUCAAACUGUCACACACUCGGAACAACAGAUUUGUAAAGCAGCUCAAGAUGUAUUACUUUAUCAGAGUUCCAGGUAGAGAAAACAUGCAUAAACGUUUAUGGCAAGAGAGGAAGCAUCCAUCCGGGCAACAGAAAAGAACUAGUAAUGCAGCCAAAAGUUGAAUAAAGCAUCUGACAUACAGCCCAACGGCUCCACACAGAGAUAUUAAUCAGCAGGACAAUAAUGUAGCAAGGAGUACCUCCUAGAUAGAGGAGGUUAAACAGUCUCAAUUUUGUGCCAGAUCCAAGACCCCUUUUUCUUCUUACAUUCUGUUAACCAAACAAAAGAGUCGAUGUUGAAUCAUGUAAACUUGCAAAUCUAAAAGCUUAAAUCACUAGAAAUUGGACACAUCUAUUAAUUUUGAAACACAGCAUCAUACAUGCAGACAUAAUCUUUUUUUGACAAGGUAAAGGUUUAUUGACCAAGUACCAAAACAAAAAGUUGCAAAACAUUGCUGGGAAUAUCUAUACAGUCAAUUACAACAUCUCCUUAGCAACUCCAUAUAUUGAUCUAUAUUAUCAAUGAAACUACUUUUACACCAAAAAACAAAUUAUGUAAACAAUUGCUUUUAACUCUGGAAA